AUGGGGAAGCUGUUGGGGAUGAUUGAGCUUCCUUCCGCUGCAAGCACGACAAGUCACGAUCCAGUGAGGAAAGUGCUUGCCAAGAAAGAGAUCUUCAGCGCGGGGCAGACAGCCAGCGUACUUGGCAUCAACAUCAUCUCAAGAAUGUGCCAACGCAACCUCUUGGCUCGUCGGAGAAUCGCCUCUUUCAUCUGCUUGCAAGGUUUCAGCAACAUGAUGAACUUCUUCUUACACUUUGUAUGCCACCGGACAUACCUCCGGAAAGUCUCUCCAGUUCCCUCACACGAGGCUUCCGGCUUCUCCAUCGGCUUCCCUACUGUUAUGCUUGCGACGGCCAGCAAUAUGCUUCAUUCGGUAGUUUUCGCUUUCUCUCGCCUGAAGUUGAGCACGGAGAAGCCUCCAAGGCCUGAUGCCCACAGACCUUCGUUCGACGAACUCUCACUCUCAUCGCACACUUCUCACGCCUUUCAAUCAAUCUCCUGGCCAGUACUCCCACCACUACGGCUCGCUCGGAAUUGGCAUCGACUUAUGAAGACCUGUGUCGACGCCCCUCAGUGCUCAAUAGUGAGCGUGAACUGGAUCACAGGCCGUUUCCAGUGUCUUGGCUCCCUCUCUAUUUCCAAUAGGCAAGGGGAACCUAACGUGUUGCUAAUACCCAUAAAGUACAUCAACAGAAGCGCGGAGCAUCAAUGUUCAACAUGCCGCCUCAUGUCCACCUCUCACUGGUAUUAUGCCACGAUGGCCGGGUUGCCGCGGCACUCACAUGGAGAGCGGUUCUCGGUCGGCGCAGCGAGUGCUACUACUCUUCAGUUUUCAGAACUAGAGUCCAGUGAAGCCUCACAAGCCCCGGAAUUCACGGCCUUCUUGUCUGCUUAUGUCAGGGCCUUGUCGAUGCCUCUAGUCUCAAUAGACCGACACAGGAUCAAAGUCUCACAAAUCCGUGACGAGCAAGAUGGUGAAGUUGACAGCUGGAUGUGCCCAGAAUUCAAUCUUCAGAACACUAGUAUGGUCAUCAGACCUACACCGUGGUUCUUCGAUGGAAUUAAGGGAUCAGUAUCCACGAUGAACCUGAGCCUUGUCGCUCGGCGGUAUUCGUCAAAACUUACAAGAAUCACGGCGUCCCCGAUCCGGGGUAUCUUGCAAUUUUUGAGGACCGCAUUUUACUGCGCUAGGUAUGAUCAUGCCGUCAACAGGUCGACAGCUUUUACAGCACAGGUGCCGGUUCCACAAUCUCCGCCUGACUCGACUCUUCAAGAAUACGCGGGAUUGCCCUUCAGUAUCGAUGCCGGCGGCAGCGGACAGUUUCAAGACGACAAGUGGGCCGACCGUGCGAUCACGCACAGAUUAUGGCCUCAGAACUCGCAUGCACUAUUCACUUACCUUCCACUCUCUGAGCUACUGAAAUCGAAUCCCAUUGCAUAG